UAUUCUAUAAAUUUUACCGUUCAAAAUGAGCAGUGCUUUGGUCUGGGAACUUAUCAAGAACAACAACUCCUUCCUCGUGAAGCGUGACGGUCUUCAACUUUCUUCUGAACCUUCCAACUUGACCAACAUCCACUCCUUCAAGUACUCUGGUAUUGCUAACGACAAGACUGUUGCUAUCCAACCUGCUGCUCGUGGUAUCAAGGUUACUACCAAGAAGACCAAGAAGGCUUCCAACUCCCCUGCCAAGUCUGUCAACUCUACUGUCAUUGCCAAGGGUCGUCGCCAAACUGCCAAGUCUGUUGCCAACUUGAUUGCUCGCAACAAGUACAGAGCUGAUCUUCUUCCUGCUGCUCUUGCCCGUGCUUCCGCUGUCAUCUCUUCUCAACAACCUGUCAAGGCCAAGAACGUUCGUCCUGCCAAGGGUAUCCGUGCUCAAAAGGCUCUUUAAAUGACUUGACUCUUGACUUUUUUCUUUGGGUCUAGUAGGUUAGUUUACGGUGAUAUUGAUUUCGUAGUUUAGUAUGUACAUUUUUUUUAAAAUAAACACAAACGAAGAAUUCAAUAUGAAA